CUCCUUUCGGCUGGGCUCUUCCUGGCAAAGAGGAAGCGCCUCCUGUGCGCCCGAAAGCCACGCUACGGCCCCGGCGCGGAUACUGCAGAUCCUGCGCCGGCAUCGCAAGGUCAUUGGGCCUUGCCUGUGUCUCUCUCCACUAUUUGCCACCUCCUAAAAUGUCGAGUUAAUGGCUCCAACCAUCUCUACUGUUCGUCUGGCUUGAGUCCUAUGAUCUGCCGCCUCAGGACAUUUUUUCAACCCCACGGUGAGCAACAUGGAGCUCUGAGUCAGGCACUCGCUCUGAAGCGGGUGGUCCUGCCUCAGCUUGGAAACUGUGUUGCAAUCCCUGAGCUGAGACAAAAAGCCCCAAGUGAAUCAGCAGAGGCUGAGUGCCAGUUACAGCGAGCUGUUAGAGCAGGAAGGACUAUCUUGGGACAGCUUCUUGGCCAACGCCUGCAGGAGAAGCCCUGUUUUUGCUUCUUUGCACUUUGUGAAGCACCCAGAGGGACAUGGGGACCUUGUUCCGCAGUGAAGAGAUCUGCCUGGCCCAACUCUUCAUGCAGUCGGCUGCAGCCUACGCUUGUGUCAGCGAAUUAGGCGAGCGUGCGCUUGUGGAGUUCCGUGAUCUGAACCCCCAUGUCAGUGCCUUCCAGCGACGUUUUGUGGGGGAAGUGCGGCGAUGUGAAGAUAUGGAGAAAACCUUCACCUUUUUGGCACAGGAAGUGCAGAAAGCCGGGUUGUCGCUGACAUCCCCUGAGGAGAAUUUGCCGGCACCAUCAUUCCGCGAUGCCCUGCGCAUCCAGGAGCAGUCAGAGACACUGGCUCAGGAGCUGCGGGAGGUGAGCUACAACCGGGAGAAGCUGUUUGGUCGGCUACAGGAGAUGCGGGAACAUAUUCAUGUGCUGCAGGAGGGGCAGCGCUUCACUGGGCAACUGCAGGUGCCUUUAGGAUCGCCCGCCCGCCCCCGCGCCUUCUCUGAGAGAGAUCCUCUGUUGGAUCCAUUCACGGCACAGCGACUUGAUCUCAAAGUAAACUUUGUGGCAGGGGUGAUUCACCCGUGGCGGGUGAGCUCCUUUGAGCGGCUGCUGUGGCGGGCGUGCCGUGGCUACCUGGUGGCCCACUUCACAGAGGUGCCGGAGCCGAUGGAAAACCCAGCCACGGGCGAGACUGUCACCUGGGUCAUCUUUCUCAUCUCCUACUGGGGUGAACAGAUUGGGCAGAAAAUCUGCAAGAUCGCCAACUGCUUUCACUGUCACCUGUAUCCAUAUGCUGAUUCGGAGGCCGAGCGUGGGGAGGCACUACAUAAGCUGAGCACCCAAAUCGAAGAUCUGGUCACGGUACUAGGCCAAACGGAGCAGUACCUGGACCAGGUGCUACAAAAGGUGCUGAUGGUCUUGCCUGCUUGGCGAGUGCAGAUACAGAAGAUGAAGGCCAUCUACUUCAUCCUCAACCAGUGCAGCUUCAACAUCACAGACAAGUGCCUCAUUGGGGAAGUUUGGUGCCCCGUCCGCGAUCUUCCUGCUGUGCAGCAGGCCCUGCGGGAGGGAUCACACCGCAGUGGUUCUGGGGUGGAGUGCUUUGCCCAGCGGAUCUCCUGCACCGAGCCCCCACCCACCCUCAUCCGCACCAACAAGUUCACGGCUGGCUUCCAGAACAUUGUCGAUGCCUAUGGGGUAGCCAGCUACCAAGAGGUGAACCCAGCUCCUUACACCAUCAUCACCUUCCCAUUCCUCUUUGCUGUCAUGUUUGGGGAUGUUGGCCAUGGGCUGCUGAUGUUCCUCUUCGCCCUUUGGAUGGUGCUGGGUGAGAACCGUCCCGGCAUGAAGAAGGUGGAAAAUGAGAUUUGGCAGAUGUUCUUUGCGGGCCGCUACCUCAUCCUCCUGAUGGGGGCUUUCUCGAUCUACACUGGCUUCAUCUACAACGAAUGCUUCAGCAAGGCAACAACCAUCUUCCCAUCUGCCUGGAGCGUUGCUGCCAUGGCCAACUCCUCAGAGUGGAGCUUGAAGGAUAUCACUACAAACCCUGUUCUCACCAUGAACCCCAAUAUCACAGGAGUCUUUAACGGCCCUUACCCUUUUGGGAUAGAUCCGAUUUGGAGUUUGGCGGUCAACCAUCUCACCUUCUUAAACUCCUUCAAGAUGAAGAUGUCUGUGAUCCUGGGCAUCGUGCACAUGAGCUUUGGGGUGUUCCUUGGCAUCUUCAACUACAUCCAUUUCAAGCAGAGAUACAAGCUUCUGCUGGUUUUCCUUCCGGAGGUCACUUUCCUGCUGGCUCUCUUUGGCUACCUCGUGGUCUUGAUCUUUUACAAAUGGGUGACGUACAAUGCUGCGAGUUCCCAGCGGGCGCCCAGCAUCCUCAUCCAUUUCAUCGACAUGUUCCUGUUCGCACAGAAUGCCAGCAACCCCUCGCUCUUCAAAUACCAGGACAUAGUGCAGAAGGUGUUGGUGGUGGUGGCCCUGGCCUCCGUACCUGUCCUGCUGCUGGGAACACCUUUGUACCUCUGGUGCCAGCGUCCACGUCGGGCCUCUCAGUCCAGGCACAACCCUUCUAGUACAGAAGACCGCCAAUCUUUGCUGAACUCACAAGAGCCAAGCAGAUCUGUGAACAUUACUGUGGAUGAUGUGGAUUGUGCAAAACCCAAGCAAGAGGCAGAGUUUGACUUCUCUGAUGUCUUCAUGCAUCAAGCAAUCCACACCAUUGAGUUCUGCCUGGGCUGCAUCUCAAACACAGCCUCUUAUCUGCGUCUCUGGGCUCUCAGCCUGGCCCAUGCACAGCUCUCAGAGGUGCUGUGGACCAUGGUGAUGAGGAAUGGCUUCCACAUGACAGGCUACCAGGGCGGGGUGUUCCUGGUGCCCGUCUUCGCCUUCUUUGCAGUCUUGACAGUGGCAAUCCUGCUUGUGAUGGAGGGCCUCUCAGCUUUUCUGCACGCCCUGCGUCUGCACUGGGUGGAAUUUCAGAACAAGUUCUACGGAGGCGCAGGAUACCGGUUCAACCCAUUUACUUUCACAGCCAGCAUCUGGGAAUAAGAGGACUCCUCCUCCUCUCCUGAGAGCAGAUAUGCCGUGUGCCCCUGCCAGGAAUGGACUGACUCGUGCAACAUUUUGCACUCAGGCUGCUGACUCCUGCUUCCUCUUUCCGCCACUAGUGCCUCCUGUCCCUCCAGAAGGUGGGACAAAGCUUCUGCAUCCCCAUCCCAUCCCAUCCCAUCGGAACCACCUGCCACUUUCCUCUUACCGUACAAGAGAGGUUGUACAAAGGCGUGUUGCUGGAAUAUCAGUAUUUACAGCGACAUUCUGGAAUCAAGGAAAAGGUCUGCAGGAUUUGUGACCUGCACCGUGCCAUGGUAUUUCCGCCCUGAAUGUGCAUGACUCGGAGCUGAGCCAGCCAGCCUUGCGCCUUUUUCUGUCACCUCAGAGCUGCUGCUGGGAAGAAAUGAAAAGCGAUCUUGAGGAGUGCUGGAAUGUGGGCAGCAGUGUAGCCAGGAGUCCGCAGGGCUGGCAUGUGGCACCGUCUGUCUGCCUUGCUUGUCCUGCUUGCUUGCCAGCGCAGCUUUGUUUAUUCUCAGACAACGAGACAGAGACCCAUCGAGGCACGUCUUAUGCUGAGGGAGGCUGCUGCCUGCUUUUUGGAACCCUGCUCCAGAUUUUGAUGGAUGUUCAUUUCCACAUGGCAGCCUGCCUUGAAGAGCCUUGUUUGUUUCCCUGGUAAGCUGCCUGGCUGGAGACACUGCAUGGGCCAAGGCAUGCUGUGGAGCCGCAGGUUAGCUCCAGGCCUCUGCCCAGGCCUCAUUUAAGGGAUGGCAGCCUCUAGCAAAGUGGCUGACACCUUGGAAGGGGGUCACUGUGGCUGUGCCCGCCCUUUCCCUGGUCCCCAGUUGUGGGGAGGAACACCCGACAGCAGCAACCGUCCUGGACAGGUAAAGCUUGGCCAGCACAAAAGGGGCACCUCUGCUCUGAAUUGCACAAGCUUCCUAUCAAGGGCAAGGUGGACAUAGCACCUCCGCUCACCUUGCCAAGUCCUGUGUUUUAAGCAGGUUGUUCAGAAUACUGUGCUAAAAACCACCAAGUCAAGCUCUUAACAUAGCCAUUCAGUUCUGCAAUAAAAACAUAACUCUUGCUGCAUUGUUA